AUGAGCAGCGGCACCUCUGCCCGAGCCCCCUUCACUCAAGGCAUUGCGGGGCGCGCUAUCAAGACGCGUGUCAAGUCGAACCUCGGCCAGCCCUACGCGAAGCGCUUCUAUAACAAUGCCUGGACAUAUCGUGUGGCCCAGCUCACCACAUCGAACAUGCGCAGCAUGAAGAAAUCACCCAUCGCCAUGGGCUUUGACAGCGGCAUCGGUGGUGGACACCGUAACAGUGGCUCCUCGCAUGGCAGCGAAGAUGGCAGUAGCAGCGGCAGCGGCGCAGAGAUGCCGGUGAAGAGCGACUUGCAGCCGCACGCCCUUCACAAGUUCACCGGCGAGGAGGACUGGUCCAUCGUCGUUGCAGUGCCAAAGAGCUCUGAGCACGUGUACAACCUACAGGACUGCUCCAAAGGCAGCCUCAUGCUGGGCCACACAGAUCCACAACUGUUUCAUUGGUUCAAGGAGCUUGGUGCCUUGCCGCCGCGCUCACUGCUCUCGGGGCCGAUGGAGCUGCUGCGCGGGGAUUUGCAGGCGGAGGCGUGGGAGCAGACCUUCUCACGGCACCCGGUAAUCCAUCGCAUUGCGCAGGACAUGUGGGAAAGCGACGAGAGCAAGACAGCCGAGGAGGCCGUGCACAUCGCCAAACGGGAGCAGGAAGAAGAUGAAAAGCGUAUGCGCCGCAUGAGCAGCAGCGACUGGCGCGCCAAGUUCCGCGACCGCGAGCGGAACCCGACGCGUGCAGAGGACGAGGAGGCGCCAGUGUAUGUAAUCAAGCCUGAGACCUUCUCGCUCUUCCGCAUGAAGCCGGAUGUGCGACUGUGGAUGAACAUUGCUGGGCAGACGCAGCGAGUGUGGAAUCCGGUGGUACCCGAUCACGACCCGCUCUGCCGCUGCUCCCACCGCUUUAUCCGCAUGUUGAACCUGGGUCGGCAGAAGCUUGUGCCCUCGCUGAACAUGAACUACUCGCUGAAGCUAACAAAUGCCUUCAUCUUCGAGAUUGACGACCGCGGAAUGUGGGCAAUGGGCACGCAGGAAAACGUAGCGGACAAGAACGGCAUCGUGAAGGAGGAGUGGAUGGAGCUGCGGCUCGAUUUUGGCAAAAAUAUGGCUAUCACGACGGAGCAGGAGAUGGAGUGGUGGGUGCGCGGGCUGACAAAACUAGGUGCGCCGGAGCUAUCACAAACGAAUAGCAGCAUCGAUGAUGCCGGCUUGAGCCCCGAGGACUUCGAGUAUCGACACAUUUGA